AAGACCCCCCAACCCCCCCCCAAAUGGAGCUUCCCAAGGGAAAAGCGGGAGCUGGGAAGCUCCUGGUGACGUCACUGCUGGAUUCCAAGGAUGAGCUGGAGGAGAGGCUGGAGCGCUGUGUUGGGAUCGUCACCUCCCUCACCUGCGGCCUCUCGGACAGGGAGGCCAACGAUGCCCUCAAUGCACACAUCUGCAAGGGGACCCCCCAGCACGAGGAGAUUUGCCUGGGGCUCUUCACCCUGGUGCUGACAGAGCCCUCCCAGGCACAGAAGUGCUACCGGGACCUGGCCCUGGUGAGCCGGGAUGGGAUGAACAUCGUGCUCAACAAGAUCAACCACAUCCUGAUGGAGAAGUAUCCAAAGCUGCAGGACACCUGUCGGACACAGCUGGUGUGGCUGCUCCGGGAGCUGGUGAAGAGCGGAGUGUUGGGAGCCGACGGGGUCUGCAUGACCUUCAUGAAGCAGAUCGCGGGCGGGGACGUGACAGCCAAAAACAUCUGGCUGGCUGAGAACGUCCUGGAGAUCCUGACCGAGCAAAGGGAUUGGGUGCUGAAGAGCAGCCUGCUGGUGGCCAUGGCCGUUUACACCUACCUGAGGCUGCUGGUGGAUCACCACGGCACCCCCCAGCUCCAGGGGCUGCGCCAGAAGGAGGUGGAGUUCUGCAUCUCCCUGCUCCGGGAACGGUUCAUGGAUUGCUUCAUGAUCGGCCGGGAUCUGGUGCGGCUGCUCCAGAACGUGGCGCGGAUCCCGGAAUUCGAGCAGCUCUGGAAGGACAUCCUGCACAACCCCCAGGUGCUCAGCCCCCAAUUUACGGGUAAUUCCCACCAAAUCCCUCUUUUUUUAUCCUUUUCCAUGGAUUUUUCAGGUGCUCAGCCCCCAAUUUACAGGGAAUUUCCCACCAAAUCCCUCUUUUUUUAUCCUUUUCCAUGGAUUUUUCAGGUGCUCAGCCCCCAAUUUACGGGGAAUUCCCACCCCAAUCCCUCUUUUUUUAUCCUUUUCCAUGGAUUUUUCAGGUGCUCAGCCCCCAAUUUACGGGUAAUUCCCACCCCAUCCCUCUUUUUUUAUCCUUUUCCAUGGAUUUUUCAGGUGCUCAGCCCCCAAUUUACGGGUAAUUCCCACCCCAUCCCUCUUUUUUUAUCCUUUUCCAUGGAUUUUUCAGGUGCUCAGCCCCCAAUUUACAGGGAAUUCCCACCAAAUCCCUCUUUUUUUAUCCUUUUCCAUGGAUUUUUCAGGUGCUCAGCCCCCAAUUUACAGGGAAUUUCCCACCCCAUCCCUCUUUUUUUAUCCUUUUCCAUGGAUUUUUCAGGUGCUCAGCCCCCAAUUUACAGGGAAUUCCCACCCAAUCCCUCUUUUUUUAUCCUUUUCCAUGGAUUUUUCAGGUGCUCAGCCCCCAAUUUACAGGGAAUUCCCACCAAAUCCCUCUUUUUUUAUCCUUUUCCAUGGAUUUUUCAGGUGCUCAGCCCCCAAUUUACGGGGAAUUCCCACCAAAUCCCGCUUUUUUUAUCCUUUUCCAUGGAUUUUUCAGGUGCUCAGCACCCAAUUUACGGGUAAUUCCCACCCCAUCCCUCUUUUUUUAUCCUUUUCCAUGGAUUUUU